AUGCGCGUUCACCGCGGAGUAAGGGACGUGAAGCGCGAUGGUGACGACCGGAGGGACUUUGUGCGGUAUGACGACGAGGAAAAUGUUGGCAGCCGCCCUCACUCCUCACCCAUAGCGCAGUGGGCGGACUGGAGUCAACAGUUUUUUUCGAGUCUCACUGCGAGCACCUGCCGCGAUUCUUCUGUAUCCUCAGAGGUGACAGAACCACGCGCGAAACUGGCGGUUACAGAACGUGAAUUAGUGCGCACCAGAGAGUUGCUACUGCAAUAUAAGCAGUAUGUGGAGAAGCGAUUGCUGCGGCAAAUUCAGAAACUGGAGGAGGAAUGUGCCCAACGCGGUAAGUUUUGCGAACGUCUGAAGCGCGACAAUGCGUUGCUUUUGGAAGAGAUGGAUCGGUAUCGUGUGUCAGGGGCAUCGACGGCGGGGACUUAUUGUUCCAAUGGAUUGAAGCGUCAACACCACCCAUCACCUCCGGGGAAUGCGCAUCAAGCUUCAUUGUUUUCUUAUCCCACACCACUUUCCCCACCACUGCCGUUGCCAGAGCGUGAGGACUCAACAAAAGGUGUGCUAGAAAUGCUUCGAAGUCGUGAGUCAACACUCCUCAAGCAGCUUCAUGAGGAACGGACUGAACGUGAGCGGCUGGAGUUGGAACAUGCUGAGGCGAUGCGGAGUUUGCAGGAAAAAGUGGCAGAGCUUGAGGAGAAGAGGCGUGUGGGUAUUGAUGCGACCACCAUUCAGAAUCUCCGUGAGGUCCUUGCACGACGGGACGACGAAAUCCGUCAGCUACGGAAGUUGCAUGGCUUUUCCAUCGUGGAACCGCUUGAGGAAGAUGAAUCUCAGGGCAUAGAAGACGGUGCUGUGGCGGAAUUGAAGCAGGCGGCGAGAGAUGCGCUUGAGUUUGUGGCUGCAAUAAACGCAACGGCCACGAAUAAAAUUGAAACACAUACACUUCCAUUAGCAUCCGAAAAGGGCAUCCAUUUCAAGGAUGUGGAGGAGUUGUGGAAGGAGACCAUCUGCGCCAUCGCGUCUUUUUCGGAUGGCACAUCCAAUUUAUCGCAUCAGCCAUUGGUUUUGCAGGCUGUUACAAAGUCGGUGCGUUGUGCCAUGGAGGCAGAACAUAACCAAAUGGCCCUUUUUUUGCGGCAACUAUUUUAUGAAAUUGAAGAGAUGCACAAAUUUAUUGAGCGAGAGCGGCGUGAGCGGGAUUUGGAGCGGCAGGUGGCUGCACAUCGUCUGUGCGAGGUGGAAGAAGAGAGCACGGCGUUGGUGCAGCGGUUACAGCGGGAGCUUAGCGAGGCGGCGCAACGCGCCUCAUCGUGGGUGGCACUAGAAGAGCCGGUUGUGCGGCAAAGGAGGGAAAAAAGCUUACCAACAAGCGGCAUGCAGAGGUGUGAUGUGGCCACACAAACAAUGCCGUCCGUUCAACUGUCAGGUUUGCUAACCGGUGGGAUGAGUAGCUUUCCUGUGCCCCAAAACGGUGCGUACAAACCACUUUCAGAUGAUUUGGGGCACCUCCUGCAUGAAAUGGAGGCUCUUGAGAGGGACAACAAUGAGAAGUCCGCACUUAUCGCCAAACUGAGACAGCAGCGAGAGCGUUUUUUGGGUAGCGUGGAUGCGGAACUUGCACUGAGUUUUCCUGAAAGAACGGCUUUGGCAACCUCCUUCCCUCAGUACUUGCUUGAGUGA